AUGGGUGGGUUCAGAACCCAGAUAGGAAAAGGAGGAGUGAAUCCCUCUAGCGGGUUUCCUUUCCCGCCUUACGCCCCCUCGAUCGUAGCUCCUCUUGAAGAGGGAGGGGGAGGAACCGCAUUCUCACCGUCCUCCAGUCGCACAGGCCUCAGCCGCCGCCUGGCCCCUCCCUGCCCCACGCCGGAACCUGAGCCCGUCAGCCGGCCCUCCCGCCCGUCAGCCAGUCUCCUUUCCCACUGGGGAGCGGGACCGUACCCACGCCGGGUACAGUUGUCGGAGCCCCGGCUAAGAGCGAGGGAGGGAGCGGGGCGGGAGGAGCGGACGCAGGCCCGGAGCGGGGGCAGCAGCAGCAGCAGCAGCCGCCGUCGGGAGGAGAAGCCGCCGCUGAGAAACGCACCUCCCGGUGCCCGCCCGUCCGUCCGUCCGUCCGCCCAAGCCCGGCAAGAGCCCCGGCACCCGGAGGAGCCGCCGCUAGCGGAGCCGGAGGCGGCGGCAGCGGCUGCUGGGCCGGCGCGGAGAGCCGUGCACCUCCGGGAGCCCCUCGGUGCGGGUGCCUCGGUGUGUCCGUCCCUCCCGCCCUCCUUCUUCCCUCUUCCUCUCCCCGCGCUCACACCCCCGAGCCGCGUCUCCUCCUCGGAGCCCCGGCUUCCCAGCUGCCUUGUCCGCAGUCCGCUGUCCCCGGCCUUUGCCUUCCCCCACUCCGGGGGGGGCUGCGAUGCCCCUCCGCUCGGCCUGUGCCCGGGGCUGAGCCCUCCCUCCCUCCCUCCUCCUUCGCAGCCGCUUUCCAGCCCUAGGCCGCCGCCGCCGCCGCCGCCGCCUCGUUGUGUUCUCGGUGUAGGGAGAAGGCGCCUGUGUUGUGCGGUUAUGCAAUGGUCUCUGCAAGAUGGUUUGUCCUUAAUUUGGAGCUUUUUAAGACUGACAUAUGCUGGUACUUCAUCUUCUAUAAGUGGACUAUAAUUUCUUCUCUCACGACAACUACAUAAGCAGACAAA